AUGGUUUCCCUCACCCUUCGCCAGUCUCUGGCUGUCGUCCUCGCUUUGGUUUCGGACACCCUCGCCAAAGACUGGGAGAGCCCAGAGUACAAGUGGCUAUACGAGUUCCCUCUCCCGAUCCCCCCUCCCAAGAAGGAGCGGUUUCCCAAUCAACCCAUCAUCAACCCCGUGACAGGGAAGAAGAUCAGGUACUACGAGAUCGAGAUCAAGGAUUUCACGCAACAAGUCUACCCCAACCUCGGUCCAGCCAAGUUGGUCGGCUAUGAUGGCAUCUCGCCAGGGCCAACGUUCCUAAUGGAGCGUGGCGAGGAAGCAGUCGUCCGCUUCACCAACCAUGCCAAGAUGGCGAGUUCCAUCCAUCUGCACGGUUCCUACUCACGCACGCCUUGGGGCGGUUGGGCCGAAGACACCACUGCGGCUGGCGAAUACAAGGACUACUACUACCCCAACAGCCAGAGUGCGCGCACCCUCUGGUACCACGACCACGCCAUCGACCACACGGCUGAGAAUGCCUACUUUGGCCAGGCUGGUGCAUACUUGCUUCAUGACUCAGCCGAAGAUGGUCUUGGUCUUCCAGCCGGGUACGGAAUCUACGACAUCCCCCUCAUCCUGUCUGCGAAGCAGUACAACAAGGACGGCACGCUGUACUCCCCCGCCAAUGAGGAAAGCAGCCUGUACGGAGAUGUCAUCCACGUCAACGGGCAGCCAUGGCCGUACCUCAAGGUCGAGCCGCGCAAGUACCGCUUCCGCCUCCUCGACGCCGCCAUCUCCCGCACUUUCCUCCUCUACCUUGAGGAUCUCCAGCAGAACAGGAUCAAAUUCGACGUCAUCUCAUCGGAUGCCGGUCUCCUCACAGGCCCCCAAAAUGUUCAAGAGCUCUACAUCUCCAUGGCUGAACGGUACGAGAUCGUCGUCGACUUCUCCAACUACAAGGGCCAGAAUGUCACCUUGCGCAACACUAGAGGGUUCGCGCCAGACACGGACUAUCUUCACACCGACAAGGUCAUGCGGUUCGUCGUGGGCGGCGAUUCGGUCAGCGACAAGUCGGAUGUCCCCUCGGCCCUCCGAGCGGUGCCGUUCCCCAAGCACAAGACGGGGGUAGACCAGCACUUCCUAUUCCAUCGCCAGGGCAGCGACUGGCGCAUCAACGGCGUCAUCUUUGCGGAUGCCAACAACCGCGUGCUCGCCAAGCCGAAGCGAGGCACGAUUGAGGUCUGGGAGCUUGAGAACAGUUCCGGUGGGGGGUGGAGCCACCCAGUGCACAUCCAUCUCGUCGACUUCCGGGUCAUCAAGCGCGUCAACGGCCGUGGGGGCGUGGUGUUCCCGUACGAGUCCCAGGGUCUCAAAGACGUCGUCUGGGUCGGCCCUGGCGAGACAGUGACGGUCGAGGCGCACUAUGCGCCGUGGCCCGGCGUGUACAUGUUCCACUGCCACAACCUGAUCCACGAGGAUCACGAGAUGAUGGCGGCCUUCAACGUUUCCGUGCUCACCGAUCUCGGGUACGAGGAGACGCAGUUUGCCGACCCGAUGGAGGGCGAAUGGCGCGCCAAAAAGGAGGACCCGGCCGCCUACAUAUACGAUGCGAUCAAGUCGCGCCUCGAGUACAUGGCCAAGUUCCAGCCCUACAACCGGCUCGAUGAAGUCGAGAAAAAGCUGGACGCUUACUGGGCCACCAAAACCAUCUCCCCCUCUGCUGCGACUGCAAUCUCGGUCCCCUCAACACUGGUUGUCAGUACCGUCUCUUCGUCCUUGGCGGCCGGCGCAACCGUCAAAAUCGCCUCGGCCGUCACGUCGGCCAGCUCGACCGUGCCCACGCAAGCCACAAUCACGAGCAAGCCGGGGGAUGGCCAGAAGAAGGAGGAUGACAAGAAAAAGACGUCUACCACGAGUACUUCGUCGAAGAAGAAGCGCGCCCUGCGUUUCCGCGGGGUCAACAUGGAGAUUCCUAGGCGCACUGCGACGCCGCAGGUAUGA